UUUGAUACAACAUCUGUUCUAGCCAAGGAAGGUGAUUCUAUCCCCAUCAACGUGACCCGGUCUGUCUCCAGCUACGGUAUUGUCCAUGUUGACUGGCACAUACAGGGUAAAGAUGGACUGGACCCAGGCAAGGGGUUCACCGUCCACCAAGGCACAUUUACAUACCAACAGGGGGAUGUAUCUAGAACCAUCAACUUAGAUGUGAUGGCCGACGAGAAGCCAGAAACUAAUGAAGAGUACCAGAUCUUCCUCACCAAUGUCAGGACUGAAGGUGUUGGGCCGACUGGAGCGGCUAAGAUUGACUCCCAGUUUAACGAGGCAGCCAUCACUAUACAGGGCAGUAACGAGCCCCACGGCGUCAUCCAGUUUGCAUCCACGUCCCUUAACGUCCGUGUUCAGGAGACCAACCACACCUUGAGUCUGCAGAUUGACAGGAAAUUUGGAGCAAUAGGAAUUGUACGAGUGUCAUACGAGAUUACGGAAGGAUCGGUGAGCCCCACCACUGCAGAGCUAGUCGAAGCCACCGUCAACGAGGACUUCGUUCCCAUCAAGGGAUAUGUAGAUAUCGCCGAUGGGGCUUCAGAUGCAGCAAUAAAAGUGCAGAUCAAGGAUGAUGAUAUACCUGAGGUUGACGAGGUUUUCAAGGUGUCCCUGACAGGUGUAGCUCUUAUGGACACGGAUAACAUCGCCAUCCGUCCCAAGCUCGCUGGUCUUGGAACUGUGGCACAGGUGAUCAUUGAUGCCAAUGAUGGCACCAAAGGCAUCAUCAAGUUCUCAGCGGACUCCCUAGAUGUAACUGUCGAUGAAAUAACGAAAAAUAUUUCGCUGACUGUGUUCCGAGACAAGGGGACAUUUGGGGACGUGUCAGUGUUUUAUUAUGCUCAGAGUAUUGUAGAGGGCACCACCCAGGGGACUGACUACAGAAUCGUCCCAAAGAUUGUAACAGAAACGCCACAUUUGGCCCAGGAGCUGUUCUUCGCCAACGGGGAGUCUAACAAGAUGAUCAUCAUAGAGAUACUCAACGAUGACAUACCAGAACCUGACGAGGUGUUUGAGGUGAUAUUGUCUAACCCGACCAACGGUCUACAGAUGGGCAACCAGAGUAGAGCCACUGUGACGAUCUUGGGCAAUGACGGUUCCAGUGGAAUCGUGUCGUUUGACACAGACGCCAGUAUGACGAUUGAAGAGGCAGGGGGAGUUAACCCUUCUGUCAGCGUCGCCAGACUCAAGGUUGUCAGAGGGCCGGGUGUGUAUGGUGUGGUCAAUGUGCCGUUUGAAAUCAUACCUGAGUUUUCUGAUAACAGCAACGACUUAUCUCCUGUGAAGGGGUAUGCCACGUUUCAAGACAAACAGAGUGCUGUGUACAUAGAGUUGAUGGCCCUAGAUGACAGUGAGCCAGAACAGGUGGAACGGUUUACAGUGAAGCUGAAGGAGGCGGACAAUAACGCUGUACUGGGUCGGUAUCAGGAGAGAAUGGUCAUCAUCAACCCUAAUGACUCGCCCAAUGGUCUACUGCAGCUGUAUGUCAGAGGAACCAGGAACAGCACUGUUUUUAUGGAUGAGAACAUAGGUAUUCUGUACAUAGACGUGGAGAGGACCCAGGGGGCUGAUGGUAUUGUAAUGGUGGACGUUACCACCCGUCCUGACACAGCAGUCGUGAUCUCCGACCUCGUCUCCGUAACACUUGCUCCCUACCAGGCACUGCCCACAACCCAGGUCAAUUCCUGGUAUACUUACAUGGUUAAUGGAACACAUUAUGUGCUGAUGUUGACCAACUUCCGGGUUGGGGAACUGACCACCACUAUUGGCAGUAACGGGUCUGCAGUGCCUGUUAAUGUUGACCGCCUCUAUCAGACCACCCUGUUCAAGUGGAGGGGUCAGCUCAUACCCAUACAGACCUUAGAGACAGAUGCUGCCACAGCUGCCACCGUCUUCUCUGUCAGUGGUGUGCAUUACAUGGUUGUGGCCAACCUUGGCAACAUUCGGAGGCACCAGACCACUUCAAGAAUCUACAAAAUCAACGCUGACGGCAGCCUCUUUGUGUUACAAGAUCUUGUGACCGAGGGAGCCAUGGACGUCAAAUUUUUCUCCUACAGUAACCAGCAUUACUUGGUGUUCGCUAACUCGAUAGACAACAACGGACUCACUAUUGUAGAUGUGGAUGUGUUUAAGUGGGAGGAGAGCACCAAGAUGUUUACGGCAUCACCGUGGCAGUCCCUGAGUAACCUAGGCGCCCACGCUGUCGAGGUUUUUGAGAUGGAGGGGGUCAUGUACAUGGCAGUGGCCAACAACUACGACUCGGAGCGUAAAACCUACAUUGUUGAUUCCAUUGUGUACAAGUUUGGAACGGAUGGGAUGUUUGCGGAACAUCAGCGGAUGAGGACCGAGGGGGCUGUGGAUGUUGCGUACUUGGCUGUGCGAUCACUACACCUGUUGGUGUUCGGUAACAACCGUGGUGACGCCAUCAGCAGUCCGCAGACAUCCACAGUGUAUAGGUGGGACUCUACUGCCCAGAGGUUCUUCAGGGACGCAGACCUACAGACCUACAGGGUGGAGAGCCUCACCAUGUUCCUCGGAGCCGAUGAUAUGGGGUACCUACUAGUAGCCAAUGGUAUCGGUAACUCAGAGAUGUUUUCAUGGGAUGUUCAAGACCAGGAGUUUGUUUCCGUGUGGACAGGCCCACCGACCUUGAGUUUUCAUCCCUGGAUCAUCCCCCAGACAACAGGGGCCCUCACUCUCAUGAUGGUCGCUGAUAAAGAUCCCCAGGCUGCGUCCACGAUCUACCAGUUCAUCAAGGUUAAGGACAGUGACUUCGCUCCCAGAACGGUGACGAUGACCUUUGAACCUGGACAUCGCCUGUUACAGACUUCUGUCGUCAUCCUACAGGACACGAUUCCGGAGGACACAGAAACAUUCUUUGUCUCUCUUACCAACCCAUCAGGGGGCGCUGACAUUGGCCCACAAAACACUAUCACCAUCAACAUUCUCUCCAAUGAUAAUGCUCACGGCAUCAUCGAGAUAGCAGCGGACUCCUUAGAGGUUAGAGUGCAGGAGGAGGAUGGGCGGGACAAUGUCAUCCCAGUCAACGUGAUCAGGAAACACGGCUACUUCGGCCGUGUGGUGGUCAAGUGGGUGGCGUCUGGUGACCAGAACGGCCUGAGUGACAUCACACCGCUACAAGGACAGGUCGAGUUUACUAAUGGACAGUCUGUGGCUACAAUAAGUUUGACCAUUCUCAAUGACAACUUGGCCGAGUUGCCUGAGGUCACCUACAUACGACUAACGGAAGUCACAGAGUCUGGAACAGAUCUCCCGGGCAGGGGAGCCACUAUAGGAGACAAUAAUGUGGCCACUGUUGUGGUACAGGCCAAUGACUCGCCCUAUGGAGUGGUGCUGUGGGAAAAAGGAGUCAUGUUUGUGGGAGAACCGAAUGGGACCGACCUUACCCUGGUCGCCUACAUCCUCCGACAACAGGGCAUGAUGGGAAUGCUACAAGUGGCGUACCAGACGACUGCUAACACUGGGGUGGAGGUGGACAAACGGGCGGUGUCGGGCGACGAUUUCGUGGCCAAGCAGAGUGUAGCAAUCCUACAGGAGAAUGCCACCAGGGUACCCAUAGAGAUUGUUGUCAAACAGGAUGCUCUUCCUGAAGGUGAUGAAUCUUUCCUUGUGAACAUCACCGGUGUGACCUUAGCUGGCCCAGCCCCGCCUCCAGGGGCAGCACCAAGUGUACAAACCCCUGGCAACCUCCUGUCAAUCACGAUCCAAGAGAAUGACAAUGCUCGUGGAAUUGUACAGUUCAAUGUUACUACAAACAUUGAGGGUCGUAUAGAUACGUAUGAGGAGUUUGGUAAGAAUAUGACAGUGAGGCUGAAGGUCAGUCGUUCAGUUGGUACCCUGGGCCCUAUUACAAUCACCUGGCAGGGAGAUCCUAGGGAGGCAAACAUACUGGACUUCUCACCAUCCAGUGGCACACUACGACUGGAGGACGGGGAAAUGGAUGGCUACAUCACUAUCUACAUACUGGACGACACCAUCCCAGAGGCAAUGGAGACAUUUGAUGUGAAGCUCAUCAGUAAAAGUGGUGGCUCUGAAUUUGGACCAAACAGAAGUGUCCGAGUGGCCAUCCUGAAGAAUGACUCGCCCAAUGGUCUCUUCAGGUUUGUGCAGGCUGAGAGCACAGUGAAGGAGUCAAGGUCAGUUGAUGACCCUGAGGGUGAGGUCACCUUACAGAUAGAACGAGUACAGGGGUCAGAGGGCGUGGUCAACGUGCGCUGGAGACUGAGUGCGGAGGCAGCCUUUGACUUUGAUGAACCUCAGUCUGGCACUCUCCAGUUUGCUCAGGGACAAAAGACCAGAUCGAUUGUGCUGAGGACCAAAAUGGAUUCCGUAUUGGAAGGUGAAGAACGGUUCCGCAUCUCCCUGGUAACUGCUGACAACAAUGCAGACAUCUCGCACAGUGAAGGUGAUGCCACUGUGAUUAUCUCCCCUGAUCCUGGAGCUAGUGGUACCAUAAGCAUUCUACCAGAGUUUAGAAAAGUGUACAUUGGGGAACCAGGGGAAUCCAGUCCUAGCUAUGAUGGCCAGCUUCAGAUUGUCAUCACCAGAGGGCAGGGUAUAUUUGGGGCCAUAUCAGUCACAUGGUCAGUAACACCGCGGGAGACUUCGACCUUUCUACAGUCAGAGGGCACCGUCCAGUUUGCAGACCUGCAGCAGAAAGCUACCAUUACUCUCCAGGCCCAAGACGACACCAGAGCUGAACUGCGUCGGGUGUACACCCUACAGAUAAACUCAGCCACCAGCGGGGCUGUCAUUAGUAAAGCUCCUGGGGAGUCCUCAGCUGACAUUGUGUUUGUGGCCAGCGACUACCCCCAUGGCCUGUUUGAAUUCACCCUCCCAGAGACCAUACUUGUCCAGGAGGAUGUUUUCACGUUCACGGUGAUGGUGGUGAGACGUUCGGGCCUGGAAAGUCAGGUAAUGGUGUCCUAUACCACCACACCAGGCACAGCCCAGAACAUCCUGGACUUCUUCCCUGCGGCGGGCACCCUGGAGUUCCAGCACGAAGAGAAGCAGAAACUGAUUUCUCUACGAAUCCAACAGGAUGAUCUCCCAGAAGGCCCGGAGAUGUUUUACGUAAAUCUGACCUCCACCAGGUUACGCACUCCUAGCAGUAACAAUUACACCAAGGUCGGCAACCUACAAUUAGACAUGGCCCCAGCCAUUGGCUCCAUCAACGUCAAAACCAUCGUCAUCAACAAGAAUGACAAUGCUGAGGGUACUAUCCAGUUUGACUCCUCUGCUAAAGACAUGUCCAUUGUCGAAGAAAUCGGCACGGCAAAGAUCCCCCUGGUGAGACUGGGAGGGGACUAUGGGAAGCAGACGGUUCUCUUCUCGACACAAAACACCACGGCCCUAGAAGGCAUCGACUACAGUGUUCCGCGGCAUGAGGUCAUAUUUGACCAGGGCCAGACUCGGGCCACCAUCAACAUUACUGUCCAUGAUGACUCCGAGAUGGAGCAUGCAGAGCGCUUCAAUAUCAUGCUCAACAGUAUUGUGGGUGGUGCAAAGCUAGGAGAUGCCACGGCAGCUACAAUCACUAUCCUCAAGUCAGACUAUCCCAACGGUAACUUUGGCUUCAGUGGUCAGUUGGCUAUCACCAUGCCUAACCCUGACCGCCAAGUGGACCUGACCUUGGCGAUACAGAGGACAGGAGGGUUGACUGGACAACAGACGGUUUUCUGGCGGAUCUUAGGCCCAAAUAAUCCCGGAAAUGUCUUGGUGGAAACCAACGACAUAAGUCAUAAUGAGAAUGGUCCGCAGACCACCCAGGGCUCCCUGAUCUGGGCAGAUGAGGAGUCUGGCGAGAAGACCUUUCAGCUCCGUGUAAAACCUUACACCAGCUGGGAAAUCCAGAAGAUAUUUAUCGUUGAGCUGUACAAGGUGCAGGGCUUCCCUGUGGGGUCCGGGGACGGAGAGAUUGGACCAUCUACUGGCAAAGUUGUCUUAACGAUUGAGAAGUUUGGUGAUCCCAAUGGAAUCCUCCAGUUCGAGGGUGUGGCUAAAUCUGAACAAAUGGUGGAUGAGCCAGAGGGGACGGGGAUGUUAGACCUUCGCUUCCCCGUCAGUCGUCGCGCGGACACGGGCACUGUGGGCAGUGUACAGGUAUUCUGGGAUAUAACUGGGCCCAUGGACGGUACAGCAGACUUUCAGCCACGGAAUGGUUCCAUCGUUAUAGGGGAGGGACAAAGGGACUCCUCCAUUGUCAUACAGGUCCUUCCUGAUGAUGUCCCGGAACUUACUGAGCGAUACAAACUCUCCCUGGAGUCAGUUGGAGGGGGAGCAGAGAUAGCCAAAGUAGACAACACCUCCUUCUUCAGUAUCAGAUUUAAUGACAAUCCUCAUGGCCUAUUUGGUGUGGUGCAGAGUGACCAGACUGUGAUCGUCAAUCCAGCUGAUCUCAGUCGCUCGGUCAGACUCAACUUCACUCGCUAUGCGGGCACAUUUGGAAACAUCAUCCUCACAUUCCAGAUCAAGUAUGACUUGCUUCAGACCGGUGUGCUACUGUCCAAGAGUGGUGGGACAGUUUCAUUUGAUGAUGGUCAGGCUGAGGUCAUCACACAUAUCCCACUGGCCGGCGACGGAUUCCUGGAGAUGGACUCAAGCUUCUCUGUGACUCUGACUGAAGUUCGGCUCUCAGGAGCUGCAGUGACUGAGCCCCCUGCAUUUAAGACCGGGGAGAAGGAGGCCAAAGUUAUUGUCCCAGCUGCUGCAGCCAACAGUGAGGUGGGGUUCGCUGUGACCAUCGCUGCAGUAGAUGAGGUUACCACCACGACGACCUUGACGUUGGUGCGGCGUGGUACCUAUGGAACAGUGGAGAUACCGUGGAAGGCCGGCUUUGUGCCUGGGAACAUGCCUAACAACUUCGUGGAGGGUACUGUCAACCCUGUGGAGGGCAGUGUCACUGUAGCUCAUGGAGUCAGCUCAAAGAACUUCACUGUACAGCUGACAGCCAAGCCAGCCCAGCCCGAGUUGUUCUCCCUACAUCUCCCCCAGGCUCCCAUCACUACCAUCUCUGGUGGGGCAAGACUGGCCCCAAACACUCGUCAGGUCCAAAUAGAGCCAAACGGCAUUGUACGCUUCGCCGCCAACUCCACUAAUCCAAGCAUUUCUGAAAUGGAAGGAAAGAUUUACUUAAUGGUGCAAAGACUGUAUGGGUCAGAGGGCAAGUUAGAGGUCAUCUACAGGUCAGAAGAGGUCACUGCUGAUAAAGGCAUUGAUUUUAUUACUAUGGAGACCAAUGCUGUGAUGCUGGACCCAGGCCAAACAUCGGGCCUUAUUGAGAUUAGGGUGCUGCAAGAUAAUAUUCCCGAAGAGGAAGAAACGCUGUUCAUUAAUCUUACCCGUGUGGAGAAAUACCCGACUGAAAUAACACCAAGAAUCUCGCCUCGCCUAAGUUCCCUCUACAUCAACGCUGUGGUCCAUAUAGAGGAGAGUAAUGACCCCUAUGGUGUUCUGUGUAUGGAGCCGUCGGAGAUCAGCGUGGAGGAGGAGUACAGGCAGGUCAACAUCUCCAUAGUCAGGACAGGCGGCCUAUUUGGUACAGUGUCUGUGGUGGUGCGGACAGUCGGAGGAGGAGAGAUGUGGACAUCAAUGAUUGUUCCUUCUCCCGGAGACACAAACGAUACAAUCCGACAGGUUCUGGGCAAUCGUCAAAGUGACAAUGUGGCACGUGGUGGUAAGGACUACGAUGUACUGGAUACCAAGGUCACGUUACAGCAAGGCCAACAGACAGGGUAUGUGUUGGUGACGGUGCUGGCAGACAACGCCGCCGAGCCUGACGAGUCCAUUAUAGUCUACCUCACUCAGCCAACAGCCGGGGCCAGGAUAGCAGAGGGAGCACCUGAUGGAGGCAAAAAGGGCUACUGUCUGAUCACAUUGCUGCAAAACGACCUAUCAAAUGGAGUCAUCGGGUUUGCAGAGAGUUCAAAGGUUAUGAGGGUCAGCGAGGACACAGCUAAUGUAGUGAAUUUACGACUUGCCAGGACAAAUGCCUUCUAUGGAGAAGUAGAGGUGUCGUGGGUGACCAAGCUAGCCCAGAACAGUAGCGAGGCUGAGGAUGCAAUGCUUGCCAGCCAGCUAAUGAGGACUGCUGGUACGGUGAUAUGUGCCGCCCGCGAAGCUUCCUGUCACUUCAAUGUCACCGUCAGAAAUGACAAUAUUCCAGAGGAGGCACAUACAUUUAUCAUAAAGCUGGUCAGUGUGAGAAGGGAUGCUCAACUGGACAGUGGCAGUCUGGUUUCCACGGUAACCGUAGACUCUAGUGAUUAUGUCCGGGGUCUGCUCCAGUUCACAGAAAAUUCAAGAUUGCUGACAGUGGGAGAUACAAGCCGGACAGUGCUGCUGAAGGUCGAGCGAAAGAUGGGUCAAGGUUACCGAGUACAGAUAGGAUAUGAGACGAUGCAGAUGACCUCACAGGUGACAGAACAUGGGGUCACCAUCAACCCCGCCCUGGAGCAGGAAGACUACAGUAGUAAAGUGGGCAUGUUGUUGUUCGAGGAGAACAGACAGGAUAUAGAGACUGUAGAAAUCAACCUAACUCCAGCCAUACUUUCUAACAACCCUCUGCCGAAACAGUUUUAUGUGACGCUGAAAAACCCUAGCAAUGGGGCCAGUAUCCACCCUGACGCCAAGUACUCCCGAGCAGCUGUGCGUAUCGUAGAGGAAAAGAACUUGCCAAUCUGGAUUGCCAUCGGUGAACAAGAGAAAGGACCACACUACAACGACUCAGAAAUCUUAAGGACAUUGUCCCAUUUGGACACUAUUGCCAAGGUUGACAUGGACAAGACAGAGGUGACACUUGUAGAAAACAUCCUCAAUGAUUUCAUAGACGAAGGCCUCAAACGUCAGUUACCUACAGAGAUAAUUAAUCAGAUGAUGAAUGUGAUGUGUAACAUGCUGAACCCGUCUAAGAACGACGCCACCAGGCGGCGCUCCUCCCUGGCAACCCUGAUGGAGAAGCUAGCCUACACGACCUUGACAGGGAAGCCCUGCCCUAGUCCCGAUCCUCCUGAACUCACCAGUUUGCAGUGUGUCUAUAUGAGGAUGUCUGCUGGACGAUGGCCUCUUGAGAAAAUACAGAAUUUCCAAUACAAUGCACAGAGAUUGGACACUUUCACUGUUCCUGUAAAAGUGGAGAACGCACCUUUUCCUGCUGACAAUGAUUGCCUUGACUUUCACAUGAUGGAGUACAGCAGUGAACAGUGGUUCAUGAAAACUGAGGAUCCAGAACUUCUCAGUAACAAGAUUAUCGGUUUUGGAAUGAAGGACAGACAAUCAUCGUAUUCAGAUUCUCCAGCAAUUUACCGAAUCCACACACCUGAUCGCCGAAUCGCAACACGUAGGGCACAGUGUGUGUUUUAUGACAUGACUACGGCCGACUGGGUGAACCCCCAGGGUACAACAUGUACUGUCACCAACAACCUGGAGCUGGCCACAGACGACUAUGUGGACUGUUCCUGUAAACACCUCACUCACUACGCGGUCAAGGCCACCCCUCUAGAUGCAGGACUCGUCGGGUACUCUGUCUGGUUCUUCGUCGUCUCAUUCUUUGUCAUGGUUGCAAUGGCUCUGGCUAUACUGGUCCACCAUAUUUGUGCCAACCUUCACGCCAUGUUUUCUGCCAACCUGCUUGUGCAUAUGUGCUUUGCAUGUUUCGCCACUCAACUGUGCUAUGUGGUAGCAGCCUAUGUAAGCCCUACAGAGAUACUGGUGUACAACAUUGGUGAAGACAACUACAGAUGUAUUGUGAUGGGACUGUUUCUACAUUACUUUUUCCUAUGUCAGUUCACCUGGAUCAUGGCUCAGGCCAUCAACUUUUGGAAGAUACUGGUGCUGAAUGAUGAACAUACAGACAGAAAAUAUGUGCUGUUCUUCCUCAUCGGAUGGGGACUGCCCGUAGUAAUAUUGGCCAUAUUCUAUGUAGUGGCCUUUAACCUUUACAAGUAUGUGUAUUACAUGCCUGUGGAUUUCAUUUAUGGAGAUGUCAACAAUAAUGGUGAAAUGUGUUUCAUCACCAAUCCGUAUGCGGCCCUGGGGGGAGUCAUUCUCCCUGUGCUGCUGAUGCUGUUAGUGGUGGGUGUGGUCUUUGUCAAGGCGUUCCAGGUCACCCCACAGUGGCAGGCCUACGACGACAUUUAUAGGGGGCGUUAUAACAUAAACGAGAUCCGUACACUUCUGUCCUUCUGGGCGGUGAUCACCCUGACAUGGCUGUGGGGAGGACUACACAUGGCGUACGGACAACUCUGGAUGCUUGUUAUGUUCUGUAUAUUCAAUUUACUACAGGGUAUAUUAGCCCUAGUCCUGUACACAAUACUACGUAACCCGUGUGUACAGCAGUGCUUCGGGCCACAAAAGAAGCUGUACUCCAUCUCGGCCGAUGCCAACACGGGUACAAUGUCUGGUGGGGAUGACAUCCGCCACCACAUGGCUUCUGUAGAGAUUGGCAGCCUCAAGGGAUCUAGGGCCUCUCUACUGAAUGAUAGCUGGGAGCGGGACUCCGUUCCUUCCAAGAGUACGAUGAAGGUGAAGCGACAGCUGGCAUCCAGUGGUAACAUUUACGUGACGCCACCUGUCCUCGUCCAGUCUACUGACGGAGACUACACCACUGAUAAAGACUUUGAUGAUUUACUGUACGCAUUAAAGACAGAUGGCAGUUAUACUGCUAGUGAUGUCAACAGUCUGGACUCGGACAGAAUAUCAGAAAUAUCCAGCAAAGUAGAUAAAUAUGAAAUGCGACGUAUCUCUAUUGCAGACACACAUUUAUGAGUUUGAAAAUUUUGUAUACCCAGUAAUUUGUACGCUGAUGAAUUAGUUUAUUGUAUUGUGAAAUAUCAAAAGUAUGUCAAAACUACUCCUAUUUUUUGUAUUUUCAAAAUUAUUGACAAAGAUGUUCUCACUUUUUUCUUGAGUUGUUGAUAUAUCAAAGGUUCUACCUAGACAAAAUCUGAAUUAACUGUUCUUGAAGUACAUAUAACUAUUUCAUCAUUACUUUUUUGGUCGUAAAUUAUCAAAGGCUAUUUCGAUAGCCAUAUCAUGAACUAACUCACUAAACUUAAGUACAUUUAAAAUCACAACUGUAUGAAGGCCCCGUGAAGGUCAACAAU